AUGUCGGCUUCUGGCAGUCAUAAGGCCGUGCAGCGCGUCGCGAGUCGCGAGCUCGAGCGUCACUUCGACUUCGAUGACUUCUUGAAAGCCCACCCGGACGCUCCUUCGAAACGUGCGAAGCAAUAUCCGGCGGAUGCCGGUGGCGACUCCGCCGCGGCUACAGCCCAACGCAUUCCAGACAAGCUGGCCUUUCUGCUCAACACAGCCGUCACAAAAUCGGAAGUAGCAGUUGAUCUAACUUCAGAUCCGCCGGCAGCCACUCUCCAGCAGAACGCGCCUGAAGAGAAUCAAACGGCUGGUGCCGCUGGACCGGCGCUCAAGACGACCCCUCCAACAUCGAAUAGUCUUGCGGUCGUUGAAGGUCAGCCUGACGCGGAGACCAACAUUGAGAAUGAUACCUCCGGCGAACUUGACGAAAGCUCGAGCGAAGCUGAUGACAAGAGCACGGUCUUCACGACGGGCAAAUACGACGUCUUCGACAUGGCAGACCUGCAAUUGCAGCAAAGUCUCCAGCAACGUCCGGGGAGGCCUUUGGACUACAAGGCACUCCUCGUACAACUCCGCAGCAGACAGGAUGGUGCCCAGCAAGACCUGGAUGGGAGGCUUUCCAUUUGCAUUCGUGGCGACCACGAAACAGAGGGUACUGCAUCGGGAAGUGGAGCAACGAAGACGACGAAAGGAUACGGACGGAUGAGGUCUGUCAUGCCCGGCUUCCAAGCGCAGCUAGACGGCUCAGAAUUCGAUGUGGGCAUCGCCAAUCUGCGCAAGACUUCGUCCUUGGAUCUGACGUGGACCAACAAUCAAUGCUUCUUUCCCACUCAACCUUGGCCACCAGGCAGGUAUUCGCGCCCUCCACCCUCAAAUGAGCCAGGCUUCGUCGGCCAGCCUGUGAACGUCAGUGGCGACAGCGAUGGCUUCGCAAAGUCGUUCAGACUCAGUGGUGACCUCAAGAUCUAUGAACGACCUGUCUAUACCGAUCCUGACGAUGGUACCUGCAUCUUUCGUGGAGUCAUCUAUAUGGACGUGAAUUGCCUUGCCUCUCAUGUUGGUGGUCAGGAUAAUGUUGCAAGCAGCGCUUUCUGGCUGCUGCGAUCCAAGAAGGGCAUGAAUAAGCUCGACAGGGAGCGAGUGAGCUAUUUAGAGACUUAUGUGAGAGAUGAGUUGUCCGACGAUGGUUACGAGGACCUGGGAUCUAUGUGGAGAGAAUUUGGACGAUAUAGGAAGGCAAAGUACAGGUACUGGUGA